GAGUGGGAUGGACCCUCCGGACAUUCAUCCAACCCCACUGCCAUGCCCAGCCGCCUGGGACGCUCUUCUGUCAGCCCCACCAUGAUGCUGGGGAGUGGGGUCACAGAAUCCAAAGCGGUGUGUAAGCUGGGCCGGUCAGCCUCUACAUCGGGGGUUCCUUCCCCGUGCGGGACUCCCCAGCACCAGCCCUCCGAGCCCCAGACAGGCUAUAGUCAGAUGAUCCCUCCCAUGCUGUGGGCUUGCGGAGACAACACCAUGAUGGAGAUGAUUGAGAAGAAGCGCAGCCUGUGUCGGGAGAUCAAGGCCCGCCGGGGGCCAGCAGACAACAACCUGUGUAAGCAGGACAGCAUGCCCAUCUUGCACAGCUGGAGGAAGAGCAGCAAUGGGACCAAGAAGUAUGGCGGCCCUCCCCCUUACUCCACACAGACCACCGUCUUCUGGGACACGGCUAUCUGACAGGAGUGAUCAACCCUGUCCUGGGCCUUGUAACGGGCCUUGUUCAAAUGGAAGAACCAGGACUUGACCAGUAUGUCCAGGACUACCUGGACUUGACUAGUAAGAAACACAUUUUGUUUUCCGUUGCAAAACAUUUUAAAACGUUUCUGUUGCGUGCCCUAAUGAACACAACCCUGUCCUCAGACUCCUCCCCCUUCCUUUCACAAGCCAGAGAUGGGCAUUGAGCUGGUGACCAAUCAGAGCACAGGGAGACAAGAGUUCCCCCCCACCUCUCUGUUGUAGCAAUUCAAAUAUCUGGUAUAUCUCCCUGGUUUCGUAUUGCUAAUUUAUAUUUUAAAAAAUUGUACCUCAGUAAUUGUCUUAAUAUUGAAUAUGCUUAGUACAAUUAUAUAUUUUCUAAAGAUUAAAAAAUAUAAAAUAAUUUGGAAAUUUUAGUCUACAGUUGUUAAAUGGUAUUUCAAACCUUGUCUUGGAUAUUUAUGUUGCAAGGACACUUGUCUGUGCGUUGGAGAAAAUAAUAUGUUGCCAAUACGUUGAGCCAAUUCAGUAAAAACACCAUGGUUUUUUAUACAAAAAAAUCUAAAGGAUAAAUGUUCUUAUAACGAUGAAAAAAGCACUAAUUUUAAAUUGAAUAUAUUUUGGCAUCUUGAAUUUAGAUUUAGUUGUUGUAUUGGAAUGCUGUUGUGAACCAUUUGAAUGAUCCACAAUGUAGGUUUGGCUUGCUCCACUGCCCUAACAAUCACUAUGACCAUGUCCCAAUACUUAGGGCAAAUCUGCCAUAUCAUAUAGGGCCAGGACCAAAAGUAAUAUGGUAGCACUUCGGGGCAAAUCCUAUCAAAUCAGUGGUCGGACAAAGAGACAAGGUAACAAUUUACUUGACACCCAGCGUCAUAACACGUUAUGACACGGUCUUAACAUGUCAUAUGUCAUAACAACUGACGUAACCUGUCAUAACCUGUCAUAAUAUAGUCAUAACACUAUCAUGACACAUAUUUUUUGUUGUGACAUUUAUUGCAUUAUUUUAUGGCUGGUUAUGACACCUACAUAAGUGUCAAACCCACAAAACCCACCACACAAGGCAAAACAUUCCAUUACAUCAUAGCCUACUUGUCAACAGUAUAUUUAUGUUAUAUAACAUUUUCUGACAUUGAACAUAUUCAAUUAUUAUUGUAAUUGCGCACAAAUUAUUGUCAGACAUGCACCUACCCCAAUGCUCUGUUGCUGAUGACUGGGAUGAAUGCAGGAGAAGAUUUCAGGAGCAGGACAAGACAACUUCUUUAUGACUGAUUACUGUCAUAAUACCUCUUGACAGUGUCAUAAAGUAUAUUUUCUUAAUCCAAGUAAAGUGACACAGGAAGGUCAUAAUGCUUCAUGACAGUGUCAUAAAGUGUAUUAUCUGCAAGUGAUUUAAAAUAUGAUGAAAAACAACAUGACUGUAAAUAAUGAAUUACGACAACAACAAAUCACUUAUUAAGGAACAAUCUUUCAAAUGAAAGGAACCUUCUUGGUAGGGAUUUUAGUUUUUAAAUAAAUGUGGGUUUUGACCGUCUUAUGUAUGUCAUAAAAUAAUGCAAUAUAUGUCACGUUUGUAAAUAUAUGGGUAAUGACAGUGUUAUGACCGUAUUAUGACAGGUUAUGUCAAGUUAUAUCAGCUAUUAUGGCAUAUUAUGACAUGGUCAUGACCGUGUCAUAAAGUAUUAUGAAGCUGCGUGUCAAGUAAAGUGUUACCGAGACAAGAAUAUAGGAGACAAGGAGAUAGGAGGGAAGGAUGCCAUUUAUUAAGAGUGUUGGGACAAGAUGGUUUGUACAGUACCCAACAUAAUCUUUUCACACGACUGAGUCCAGCCAAACUUCACUGCCCUGGCCUGCCCUGGUUACACAUCAACCAUAGUUGCUGGAACCGAGCUGGAAAGAGCAAUGUGAAAACAAAAUGUUGACACUAGCAACUACGGUUCGGGUCUACACAAAAGUGUUAAAAAGUAUAAGAGAUUAUAAAAGAGUCAGUGACCCACAUCACCGUGCCAGAGUGACUGACCGGGCAGUGGAAGACUCGGCCAUAGGGAUGGAGAUACUGUCAUGGUGUAUUUAAUAAAGGCAGUUAAGAUUAUCCACCUAUUCAGACAGGAACUAAGCUUGAAUUAAAAUUAUGUUAUGUCUUA